AGACUAGACAUAUAAGGGGGUGGCUGAGAGUCAGUGAGGCAGAGGAAGGAUCAUGGAGCACCUCAGGAAGGUCCUACUGUUGGCCAGUGUGGCCACUCUCAUCCCCACACAGGCUUUCCCUCUGUCCAGCCUGAGCUAUGAGCAGGCCCUUUCUGCAGCCAUUCGUUUCUACAAUGAGGUACACAGAGGGGAGAAUGCCUUCCGGCUUCUCCAAACCUACUCUACUUCAUCCAAUAAGGACCCCCAAGAACAAAUUCUGAAGCGCGUGAACUUUACCUUGAAGGAAACCGUGUGCCCAAUGACUGAGGAGCUCGUGCUGUACCAGUGUGACUUCAAAACUGAUGGGCUGGUGAAAGAAUGUCAAGGCUCAGUAUCCAACGAACAGGGCAUUGCUGCCAUCAUCCUCACCUGUGACCCAGUGGCCCCAAAGCCCUCUCGCUCCAGAAGAGCCCUGCUUCCAUGGCAAAGGAAAGGUUCAAAGAAAAAUGACCACAGACCUGGGACAUACACUCUGAUUGCCGCUGUAAAGCCCAAAAGACAUAAGGGCUCAUAUAUACUUUCUGCCUAGGCUCAAGUCAAUAUAAAUCAAAGCCUGCUUUCUCCCUUA